AAGAAGUUGCUCCAGGAGCAGGGACCCAGACCCCCGGUGUUCUCCCCUCCACCCAGCGCCCAUGACCCCAACAUAGUGGGAGACAGCCCUCCAGAGGGGAGCUCAGUCAGAAGCCCCGACGCUGUUCCAGAAAGGAAGAAGGUCAGGGAGACCAACCCUGACGAGGAGAAGCUUUCAGAAGCCGGAGUAGUAGAAGGAGGAGGUGGAGAAAAAGGAGGUGGAGGACAAAGAGAAACUCCACCGCCCCCCCGAGUAAUGAAUCCAAUCAUGAACUCCACGUCUAGCUCCAACAUGGCCCUCAUCAGCAACGCACUGGCAGCCUACACUUUCAUAUCAGACCACCCAGAGAGGGCAGCGCUCUUCUUCGUCUGCGGUGUGUGUUUGGGCCUCUUCCUCACACUCUUCGCCCUGGUGGUGCAGAUCUCCUGUCGCACCGACUGCCAGCCUCGGCAGCGGCCUCCUGCCAAGAAACGAGCGCGCCCUGCCGACUCGUCCUCCGAAUCAAGUGACUCGGACUCAGAUUGGGAAACCACCUCAGAUCUGUCGGCGCGGCGACACCGGCGGUUUGAACGCACGCUUAACAUGAACGUGUUCACGUCGGCCGAGGAGCUGGAGAGAGCGCAGAGGCUGGAGGAGAGGGAGCGCAUCAUCCGAGAGAUCUGGAUGAACGGGCAACCUGACAUCCCCGGGACACGGAGCCUCAAUCGCUAUUACUGAGGACUCUUUAGGGGCUUUUUUAUGUAAAGCUUACUUGACUUGAACACAAUUUAGGAUGCACUUGGGUUGGGGCAAGAGACAUGGUCCUUAAAAAGCUUUAUAAGCAAACUGUGGACUCACUGAUGAGAACAGGGGGAGGUAUUGGAGAUACAAGGAAAAGUCCUCCCUAUUUGCUGGUUUGCAUAUUCCUCUGGGUAUCAUAAGCUGUACCCCAUUCAGUAAGAGAAUAAGCUCCCACUCCACAUGGUAAGCUCACUUCUUUCUGCCGGAAGCGAGGGGUGAAAGGCUACAGCGCCUCGCCCGUGACCUCGGCAGGCCGUUUUGAAGUGGGGAUUUAUGGGUUAGCUGCCUUAGACACACACAGGCCUGCAGAGAGGGCAUAGUGACUGAAGGACCAAGGCCUCAGAUGGAUCUGUUUUAUGCAGGGUCACCUGAAAAAGACUGGGACACUUGGAGCUUUAUGCUCAGCACCCUCCAGUAUUUAAGUGUGGACUUUACAGAGGGGCGGCAUAAAGCAGAAAGAAGUGUACUAUGGGACAAUGUAAGACAAUCUUUCCACAGAAAAUAACCACGCUGCCUUUUGAACUUUCUAAAAACCAAAAUAUAUGUUGGAGGGAAUUCAUCUCAUCCAUUAUGAAAUCUAUUUUAUAAUAUUUAAUAGUUUAUUGAUGUUGUGUAUUUUUGUUCUCAAGUAUGGUUUAUUAUGAGAUAUUUUUAUACUUGGCGAAGGUUUGUCUGGCACCUCAGGGAUGCAAUCCUAGUGUUUCUGUGUUUGGUUGAUGUAUUUGCUUCCUAAGAAGGGGAUCAGCCCAUUUAAACAGCUAAUGUCAGCAUUUAAAGAAAAAAAAAAAUAGAAAUAUUAUAUAAAGAGCCUCAAAGAGGUUUAGUGAUUUUAUCUUAUUUUUGAUACAGUAUGUUUAAUUCACAGUGUGGUGCCUUUUCUAGCUAUUAGGUCACUGUUGUCAUGAGUGCAGCUGGUAUAUAACCCUAUAACUGGUCAUAUUGGAUAUUCCAAAUUUAUCUUGUCAUAUAUGUAUUCUCGUUUAAUGAUUACUGUUGCUUUGCCGAAGUAGAGCAUGUGUAAAAUAUGUCUAUGUCACACGUUGCACUUGCUGUUCUCCCUGGAUGUAAAUGUUCAUAACCAGAAUAUGCCAAUUUUGUACCAGUAAAUACGCUAGAGAUAAUUGUUCUGGUCGUCACCCAAAUUUCAGGUCAACUGUGCCAUUACUUCUAAGGUACCACCAGUGCUAAACCAGAUGAUUGUGGUAACCGCUGCUCAUGGCCAUCUGGAGAAGGAACCAGCUCUGAAAAAAGGUUCACAGUGCACGAGCAAAUCUGCGUCUCUUAAAUUAUGUUGCCAGUUCUAUAAAAUAAGCUAUUGUCAAUCCAGCUCUGUGUGCGCUGCCCUGGAUUCCAACAUAGAAAUAGUUAUAGUUUUCAUUAAAAAAAAGCUUGGUAUUUUUCCUGACUGAAAUUUUAAAUGAGAGUAUACAGGACAUAUUAGGGUCAUCAAAAUAAAGACUGCCAAUAUAUCGUUUUUUAUAAAGACAUUUUUUAUGUUUGAAUUUGAAUGGAUAAAAUGUGCCGAUAGCUGGUAAAGUGAGACCAAAUUAUGACUCCUGUGUUUGAAAUA